CCAAGUUGUGCAACACCUUCAGUAAACACUUGCUGAAGCGUACACAAUGAAGCAGGGAGUUUCAUUCUGUCUCCCUUAAGAGGCGGCUGGGGCAGAAGCAACCUUACAGGUGUGAGUGGAGGCAGGCACCGCUCUGGGACCGCAGCAUGUUGCAAUGGAGCCUUCUGAUAGUCUCUUUCCUCCUUUCUCCAGUUCCAGCAAGCACAGUAAAAGAACUCCCCAAGGCCAAGAAAUAUGAAGUGGUUUAUCCCAUAAGACUUCAUCCAUUGCGUAAAAGGGAGGCCAAAGAGCCAGAGCAAAAGGACGCCUUUGAAACUGAGCUAAAGUACAAAAUGACAGUGGAUGGGAAGGUGGCUGUGCUUUAUCUGAAGAAGAACAAAGAACUUCUGGCGCCAGGCUACUCGGAAACAUACUAUAACUCCAGUGGAAACGAGGUCACCACAAGUCCACAAACCAUGGAUAGCUGUUACUAUCAAGGACACAUCAUAAAUGAGAAAGUAUCGGAAGCCAGCAUCAGCACAUGUCAAGGUCUACGGGGCUACUUCAGUCAAGGAGAUGAAAGGUAUUUUAUCGAACCUUUGAGCUCUGUGAGCCUGGAUGAGCACGCACAUGCAGUCUUCAAGGAUGACCCCAACGAAGACCAGGCUAACAGCAGCUGUGGCGUGGAUGAUGUGUUAUGGCAACAAGGGCUACAUCAGAGAGUGGUCCUGCCUGCCUCCAGGCUGAUUAAGUUGAAUGACAGGAUUGUUCAAGAACCUAAGAAAUACAUUGAAUAUUAUUUGGUCCUGGAUAAUGGUGAGUUUAAGAAGUACAAUAAAAAUCUUGCUGAAAUAAGAAAGAGAGUGCUUGAGAUGGCCAAUUAUGUCAACAUGCUUUACAAAAAGCUUGAUGCCCAUGUGGCCUUAGUUGGAAUGGAAAUCUGGACUGAUGAGGAUAAAAUAAAGAUAACUCCAGAUGUCAACACCACCCUGAACAACUUCUCUAAGUGGAGAGGGAAGGAUCUGCUAAAGCGAAAGCAUCAUGAUAUUGCCCAGUUAAUCUCAUCAACAGACUUUUCUGGAUCAACAGUGGGUCUAGCGUUCAUGUCUUCAAUGUGUUCUCCUUACCAUUCUGUUGGCAUCAUUCAGGACUACAGUAACUACCAUCUUCGAGUUGCAGGGACAAUGGCCCAUGAAAUGGGCCACAACCUCGGCAUGAUCCAUGACUACUUGAGCUGCAAGUGCCCAUCUGAAGUCUGUGUAAUGGAGCAGUCACUAAGGUUCCAUAUGCCCACAGACUUCAGCUCCUGCAGCCGUGCCAACUAUGGGAAGUUUCUUGAAGACAGAUUAUUAUCCCAUUGCCUCUAUAACACCCCCUUGCCUUCAGAUAUCAUAUCCAUCCCAGUCUGUGGGAACCAGUUGGUAGAAAUGAAUGAGGACUGUGACUGUGGCACCCCCAAGGAAUGUACCAACAAAUGCUGUGAUGCAAAGACCUGUAAGAUCAAAGCAGGUUUCCAGUGUGCCCUGGGAGAAUGCUGUGAGAAGUGCCGACUUAAAAAGGCUGGGGCUGUGUGCAGAACAGCAAAAGAUGACUGUGAUCUGCCUGAGAUGUGUGAUGGUAAAUCCAGCCACUGCCCAGUUGACAGAUUCAGAGUCAAUGGUCACCCUUGCCAAAAUGGGCAUGGCUAUUGCUUAAUGGGCAACUGUCCCACCCUGCAGCAACAGUGCAUGGAGAUGUGGGGCCCAGGAACCAAGGUUGCAAAUAAGUCAUGUUACCAGCAUAAUGAAGGUGGGUCAAAGUACGGAUACUGUCACAUAGAGAACGGCACACACAUGCCCUGCAAAGCAAAAGAUGCCAUGUGUGGGAAGUUGUUCUGCGAAGGCGGGUCAGGUAAUCUGCCAUGGAAAGGACUUACAAUAUCUUUCCUGACAUGUAAGUUAUUCCACCCCGAAGACACCAGUCAAGGAAUAGACAUGGUGGCCAAUGGAACCAAGUGUGGAAAUAAUAAGGUGUGCAUUAAUGCAGAGUGUGUGGAUGUGGAGAAGACAUACAGGACAGCCAACUGCUCCUCGAAGUGCAAGGGACAUGCAGUGUGUGACCAUGAGCUGCAGUGCCAGUGCAAGGAAGGUUGGGCCCCUCCGGACUGUGAGGAUUCCGCCACAGUCUUCCAUUUCUCCAUCGUGGUUGGUGUGCUCUUCCCCCUGGCAGUCAUAUUUGUGGUGGUUGCUAUAGUGAUCCGGCACCAAAGUGCCAGAAGGAAGCAGAAGAGAGUUCAGAGGCCACCGUCCACCACAGAUGCCAAGCUGCAUAAGCAGACGUGUAAACCCCAAAAGGGGAAGGCAGUUCAACCCCAGGAGAUGAGUCAGAUGAAGAAGCUCCACGUGUCUGAUCCGCCCAUGGAAGAGAAUGAGCCUCCACCAAAUGUUCUAAUCACAAAGCCAGAUUUCCCACCACCACCAAUUCCUGUUUCCUUAGAACUAGAGGGAGACAGAACUGGCCACUGGAGAGAGCAUAACUGUAGGCUGCCUGGGACCUCUCAGCUACCCACAGAAGCCAGCAUGUCUUGGGUCCUGCUUUCUGUCCUUUGGCUCAUCAUUCAAACUCAAGUGAUAGAUACAAAGUCAGCCCCUGAAUUAAAGCUCCAUGAAAUAGUUCAUCCUAAAAAAAUACCCAUGUCACACAGAAGAGGGACUGAGAACAAUCAGACAGAGAGAUAUGGCAAAGAGGAAAGAUAUGCGCCUGAAGUUCAAUAUCAGAUCACACUAAAUGGAGAAGAAAUUAUCUUUCACCUAAAGAGAACCAAGCAUCUUCUGGGGCAAGACUGCACUGAAACAUCUUACUCAGCCAUUGGAGAGGAGGUGACCAGACGCUCUCAGGAUGUGAAACCCUGCUACUAUGAAGGCCACAUCUUGAAUGCAAGGGACUCUCUUGCCAGUAUCAGUACAUGUGAUGGACUGAGAGGGUACUUCACACAUCAUGAUCAGAGAUAUCAGAUAAAACCUCUACAGAGCACAGAUGAGGGAGAACAUGCCAUCCUUCCAAUCAGCCAGGGGGAGCCAGACACAGUUAAUUACAAGCAUGGUGAGAAGCAUGCUGGCAGGGAACGAAGCCAUCUUCGAAUUUCCAGGUCCUUAACAAGCUCAAAUGACUUUCUUCAAGGACAGAAAUACGUUGAUCUCUUCUUGGUGCUGGAUAAUGCCUUUUAUAAGAUGUAUAAUGGGAAUGUGACUCGGAUAAGAAGCCUUGUGUUUGAGGUGAUGGAUCUGCUCAAUGUGAUUUACAAAACCAUAGAUAUUCAAGUGUCUUUGGUGGAUAUGGAAAUCUGGUCUGACAGUGAUAAGAUAAAGGUGGAACCCAGGAUUGGUGCCACAUUCCAAAGCUUCCUUAAAUGGCAUUACUCUACCCUGGGAAAAAAGAAGAUCCAUAACCAUGCCCAGCUUCUCAGUGGAUCUGGCUUCCUCAAUAGACGUGCAGGAAUGGCAGCUGCGAAUUCCUUGUGUUCUACAUCUUCAGUGUCUGUUGUUGAGGCCAAAGGAAAGAAUAAUGUGGCUCUUGUAGCAGUGAUGUCUCAUGAGUUGGGCCAUGCCCUCGGUAUGAGGGAUGUUGUAUACAGCACCAAGUGUCCCUCUGGCAGCUGUGUGAUGAAUCAGUACCUGAGUUCAAAAUUCCCCAAGGAUUUCAGUACUGCCAGUCGCUCACUCUUUCAAGGAUUCCUUUCAUCUAGAAAUGCAAAGUGUCUGCUGUCGGCACCUAAUCCUAAAAAUAUAAUAAAACCAACAUGUGGGAACCAACUUCUGGAAGAGGGGGAAGUUUGUGACUGUGGCUCUCCGGAGGAAUGUACCAACCUUUGCUGUGAGCCCCUGACAUGUAGGCUGAAAUCUCAAACUGACUGUGAAGAAGAAGCAUCCAACCAUAUCACAGAAUGAUCCAGUGUCUACAUCGCUGAGAAGCUUCUUUGCCAGGACAAAAGUCUAGAAGCUGAUACACCAGGAGUCUUGCCUUGUUUCACUUUGUGCUUCUAUGUAGACUGGCCUCUGAAUGCCAUGUGUGAACCCGUAGGUUCAAUCCCUGAACAAUAACAUCCCAAAAUAUACUCGUAUCUAUAGUGAAUAUGUAGACAAUUUUCUCAAUAUUUCCUAAAUGAUACCAUGUAACAACUAUCUGCAUAGCAUUUUUUUUUGUUGAAGAGGUGUUAGAAGUAGUCUUAAGAUGACAAAACAUUUACAAGAAUUUCAGUAGUUGUAAGCAAAUAUACUCCAGUUCUUAUAAAGGACCUCCAGCCCAAAGAUUUAGGUAUCUGGGUGUUCCUGGAGCCAAUCUCUAGUAGAUACUGAAGGAAGACCUCUUUCAUUCUGCUUUCUGUGUUUCUAUGAGUCCAGCCAACAAGUAAAUAGAUGUGAGAUGCUGUCUAUAUGUUCAGGUUUUAUCUGCAGUGGGAAUGUGAGAACCUUGAAAAUGUGGUUUUAGUUUCAGUCUUUGGAGAACAAAGAAAAUCAACCUUUGCUGAAGUUCCUCAACACACUCCACUGAAUUGUUGAGUCAAUCCCAAACUGCAAAAUGACAAGUAAUUUGACCCUAAAUCUCUUCGCUUCCCUUGCUGUUCCUCUCUUUGUCUACCUCCCCAAGUGUCCCUGCUUAGCUGUCUCAUAGAAUAUUGGUUACAUCCAAACACUUUUCAUUGAUUAAAUAGAGUUUCUCAUGUUUUCUUUUACUGUCAGGUGUAAGAUUUAUUUUAAGAAAUCUGUGUUGCUUGCAACUUAGUGGAAAUGGAAAGGUAAGGUUUCAUUCAUUUGAUGUAAUAAACUAUGCUAUCAAUAAAAAUAG